UCUUCUUCCCUUCAAAUAAUUUCUCCAUUCACAAUCUUCUUGACUUUCUCCAAAAUUUCAAUAAAAAAUCCCCAAAUUCAUAAUUUUCUAACCCUAAAAUGGAAUCACAAUCAUAUACGAAUCGCGCUUUAAUCCGUACCAAGAUUCUAACGGAUCAUCUGGUAAAUUCUCAGCAGCAUCCACAAUCAACGUCGAAUCUUGAAUCAAAUAAUUGUUUGAGCUAUACACCGCCCGAAAUUGAAGGGAGGUUCGAGUUCGAUAUAAAAGAGAUGAGAAAUUUGCUAGAUAUGCAUGAUGUAGUGGAUAGAGAUUGGUUGUUCGGGUUGAUGAGACAGAGUAAAUUGUUUAAUCCGGUUGAGAGGGGUGGGAGAGUGUAUGUGAUACCUGAUUAUAAUCAAUCAAUGGAGCAACAAAGAGAAAUUACUAUGAAAAGGAUUGAAUAUUUGUUGGAGAGAGGUGCUUUUAAUGGGUGGUUGGUUAGUAAUGGUAAAGGGUUUGAAAUGGAAAUGAAAAAAUUUGCUCUUUUUGAAGUUAUUGGGAUGUUUGAUCAUUCUCUUGCUGUUAAGCUUGGUGUGCAAUUCUUUUUGUGGGGUGGUGCCAUUCAGUUUUUUGGAACAAAGCGUCACCAUGAGAAGUGGCUAAGGGACACUGAAACUUAUGCACUCAAGGGUUGCUUUGCUAUGUCAGAAUUGGGACAUGGAAGUAAUGUACGAGGGAUUGAAACAGUGACCACUUAUGAUUCGAACACAGGGGAAUUUGUUAUCAAUACUCCUUGUGAAUCAGCUCAGAAGUAUUGGAUUGGUGGGGCUGCUAAUCAUGCGACACACACAAUAGUCUUUUCACAGCUCAAUAUAAAUGGGAAGAAUGAAGGAGUCCAUGCAUUUAUAGCUCAGAUCAGAGAUGAAAAUGGAAAUGUAUGCCCUAACGUCCGUAUAGCUGACUGUGGUCAUAAAAUUGGUUUAAAUGGUGUUGAUAAUGGUCGAAUCUGGUUUGACAAUGUAAGAAUUCCCAGAGAGAAUUUACUGAAUUCAGUUGCUGAUGUUUCGCGGGAUGGACAGUAUCUAAGUGCAAUAAAAGACCGAGAUCAGAGAUUUGCAGCAUUCCUGGCCCCGUUGACAUCUGGUCGCGUAACUAUUGCUGUCAGUGCAAUUUACUCAGCAAAGGUGGGUUUAGCAACUGCCAUAAGAUACUCAUUGACUAGGAGAGCAUUUUCUAUCAAAGCUAAUGGACCUGAAGUGCUAUUGCUCGAUUACCCAAGUCAUCAACGACGACUCUUGCCUCUUCUUGCCAAGACAUGUGCUAUGAGUUUUGCUGGAAAUUCCUUGAAAAUGAUUUACUGGAAGAGGACACCCGAGACAAAUAAACUCCUUCAUGUUGUUUCAAGUGCAUUUAAGGCUACCUUCACCUGGCAUAAUAUGAAAACACUUCAAGAGUGUCGUGAAGCUUGUGGAGGACAAGGAUUGAAGACUGAAAAUCGAGUUGGUCACAUGAAAAGCGAAUUUGAUGUCCAGACUACAUUUGAGGGAGACAACAAUGUUCUCAUGCAACAGGUCAGCAAGGCACUUUUUUCGGAAUUUAUAGCGACCCAAAAGAAAAAGAAACCUUUUAAGGGUUUGGGAAUGGAGCACAUGAAUGGACCUUGCCCUAUCAUUCCAUCUCAGCUGACAAGUUCUACUCUUAGAAGCACACAGUUUCAGGUUGACGCAUUCUGCUUAAGAGAGCGGGAUCUUUUGAUUCGUUUUGCUACUGAAGUAUCACAGAAACAAGCAAAUGGUGAAAGUAAAGAGCAUGCUUUCAUCUCGAGUUAUCAACUUGCAGAAGACUUGGGACGAGCUUUUUCAGAUCGAGCAACGUUGCAAACCUUCAUCGAGGUUGAGGCAACUGUAUCUGACAAUCAAUUGAAGAAUGUGUUAGGUCUAGUGAGAUCAAUGUACGCCCUAAUCUGUUUGGAAGAAGAUGCUGCGUUUCUCCGCUACGGAUAUUUAUCAACGGAAAAUGCUGCUGCUGUACGGAAAGAAGUAACGAAGCUUUGCGGUGAAUUACGACCACAUGCGCUUGCGUUAGUCAGUUCUUUUGGAAUUCCUGAUGCUUUUCUGAGCCCUAUAGCCUUCAACUGGAUUGAUGCCAAUUCCUGGUCCUCUGUUAAACAGCAGUAGUUUUUUUUUUUUGCUAUGAUAUUAAAUUUAAUGAACUUUUCCAGUGAAAGCUUGCUGGUUCAAGGUUUUUGCCUUUGUGUUUUAAUAAGAGAUGCUGGAUAAUAAAUUACUCAAACUGUUGUAUGCUUAUUUUUUUGUAAAAUCUACUCCCUCGGUUCCUUCCGUCACACAAAGAUAAUAUAAAGUUUUUAUUUUUGGCGUUUCAAAUUAUAGGCCAAAUUUCAA